AUGGCCACAGUACUUUCCCGACUUGAUUUUCAAGAAGGCCUCCAAACACUCUGUGUUAUGCAGUGGAUUCCAGUCUAUAUAUUUUUAGGAGCGAUUCCCAUUAUCCUCAUACCCUACUCCCUGGUGUUCACGGAGUUCUGGGCCUUGGCUGUGCUUGCCUUAGCCUGGCUUGCCUAUGAUUGGAACACCCACAAUCGAGGUGGCAGGCGUACAGCUUGGGUACGAAACUGGACCCUCUGGAAGUAUUUCCGUAAUUACUUCCCAAUAAAGCUGGUGAAGACUCAUGACCUUUCUCCCAAACACAACUACAUCAUUGCCAGCCACCCCCAUGGUGUUGUCUCUUAUGGUGCCUUCAUCAACUUUGCCACUGAGGCCACUGGAUUUGCCCGGAUUUUCCCAUCUAUCACUCCCUUUUUAGCCACCUUGGAAGGGAUCUUCUGGAUCCCACUUGUGCGAGACUACGUGAUGUCAAUGGGCGUGUGCCCAGUGAGUAAGUUGGCCCUGGAGUACACGCUGACCCAGAAAGACUCAGGCAAUGCUGUGGUCAUCGUGGUGGGUGGAGCUACUGAAGCCCUCUUGUGCCACCCAGGAUCCUCCACCAUCUUGCUCAAGGAACGUAAAGGUUUUGUAAAGCUGGCAUUGGAGACAGGGGCAUACCUUGUUCCUUCCUAUUCCUUUGGUGAGAAUGAGAUUUACAAUCAGGAAGUCUUCCCUGAAGGCACGUGGAUAAGGUUCUUCCAGAAAAACUUCCAGAAAACAUUAAAAAAAAUCCUGGGAUUAAAUUUCUGUACCUUCCAUGGCCGAGGCCUCACUCAAGGAUCCUGGGGCUUUCUGCCUUUCAAUCGGCCCAUUACCACAGUUGUUGGAGAACCUCUGCCAGUCCCCAAGAUUGAGAGGCCCAACAAGGAGACAGUGGACAACUACCACUCACUAUACAUCAAUGCCCUGCGCAAGCUGUUUGACCAACACAAAGAUGAACAUGGCCUCUCUGAGAACCAGGAGCUUACAAUCAUAUAAUGGGAGCCACAUUCCUUAUUACUGAACCCCCAAACCAUGAGGGAUCCAAGUAAAGCCACAGGGAAGGAAGAAUUUGGG